AUGGGCGACGACGACAGCGACAGCCUGGGAAGCUUUGACCGUCGCGUUGAUGUCCCGAACAUCUAUCUAACACGCUUCUGUAGUAUCUUUGACGGCCCGAACAAGGUCCCGCAGCACCAGCGCGAGUACCAGGCCGCGUACCGCCAGCACGUCCGCAUCUGGAACAUUAGCCCACGCAGCCGUAUCAUGAUCGUCCCCUACACGAUUGUCCUUGCUGGCACCGUCGGCGCUGGCUUGUACGGCAUGGGCCGCAAGGUCCUCGGCUACACCUCGUACGUGUAA